CUUCACCUGGCGCUCACGUCUUAUCUGAGAAAAAAGGCGGGAAAAGAAAAGGAGAUACAUGUGUAGAUUUUUCAACGUGUUGGCUGGCCCAUUGGCCUAUUUGAGAGCAGCUCCCUGCAGCUUGAUGUGACUUCCCUUCAGCGCUCUACUCUCCCCCUUCUCCUGUUCUAUACUGUUUUCCCCCUUCUCUCAAACCUAAAUCCUUACUUCGUAUAUCUAUUUCUCUCCACAAUUACUUUCUCCGCUUCCAUGGAUCGCGUUCGUCUGUUUUGGUUUUGGAUCCGGAACUGGAUGACCAAUCUCCUCCUCCAUUACUUCCCUCCAAGCCCUGACCGAUCUCCGACCCUUUAUCCGGACAAUCCGACGGCGGCGGCGGCGGCCGCUGUCUCUCCCCGUGAACGCAGACCUCCUCCGAUAAUUUGCUCUCCAUUUUCAGCACCGUCGGCAUCUUCUUCCGCGGCGGCGGAAUGCCGUAAGUACGAGGUGUUCGUGAGCUUCAGAGGGGAGGACACUCGCAGGGGAUUCACCAGCCACCUCUGCGACGCUCUCUCUUCCAAGCUAGGGAUUUCGCUCGUCUACAAGGACGAGCUAUGCCUCGAGAAAGGCGCGUCCGUCGCGCCGGAGCUCCUGAAAGCAAUUGAGGAUUCCAGAAUUGCGGUCGUUGUCUUGUCGAGGAACUACGCCGGUUCCAGCUGGUGUCUCGACGAGCUGGUUCACAUACUCCGGUGCCGGAAACGGAGGGAUCUAAGAGUCAUUCCGAUUUUCUACGAGGUGGAUCCGUCGGAUGUCCGGAAACAGAAGGGAGGGAGCAGCUUCGGUGCCGCUUUUGCUAAACUCGGCAGAGUUUCCGCUGGCGCCGGCAACAAGUUGCAGAACUGGAGAGGCGCUCUGACGGAAGUCGCUAAUCUAUCCGGAUUCGCCACUGAUCAUUACAGAAACGACUCGGACAUGAUGAAGGAAAUUGCGGGGAAGAUAUGGAAGGAAUUGAGCCCAACAUAUCCAAGCAUCAGCAAGCCUCUGUUUGGAAUUGACAAGCGGGUGAAAGCUGUGAUCAAUCUACUAAGAUUAGACUCGAUAGCUGAAAGGAGAGAUGUUCGUAUUAUUGGAAUCAGCGGGAUAGGAGGUAGUGGCAAAACCACUGUAGCCAUGGCAGUCUACGACACAAUUCGCUCUGGAUUCGAGUUCAGCACCUAUGUUGGCCGCAUUGGAGAAGCCUGCAACGCCUAUGGAGGGCUGCUUCAAUUGCAGAAGCAACUGUUCAGCGAACUUGCUGGUAACGCCAUGGUGGCAGGCUUAGAGGCAUGGCCGGAGUAUGGAGGAAUCGAGAGGCUGAGAAGGAUGUUUAAAGGGAAGAAGCUGCUUCUGAUUGUUGACGACAUCACCCACCAAAAGCAGCUGCAGUAUUUGGCUGUGGAGCAUUCUUUAUUCGGGUUAGGAAGUCGGGUCAUUAUAACUUGCAGAGAUAAACAUUUGCUAAAUGCUCAUAGGGUGGAUUGUAUUUACGAGACCCAGUUGAUGGACGACAAUGAAGCUCGUAUGCUGCUUAGUCAGAAGGCUUUCGAGCAACAGGAACCCUUGGAAGAUUACAGAUAUGUGUGUGAUCAAAUUUUGUCUUAUGCUCAAGGGCUUCCCUUGGCACUGGAAGUGUUGGGUUCUUCACUUCGUGGGAGAAGUGUUUCUGAAUGCAGAAGCAUAAUUAAGAAGCUGAAAAGAAUUCCACCGGGGGAAAUUCUAGAGGUUCUGAAAAUCAGUUAUGAUGUACUGGAUGAGGAAGAGAAGGAUAUGUUCCUAGAUUUCGUGUUUUUCUUCAAUGGUUUCAAUCCAAAGCCUUGUAUCGUAAGUCUACCCUGGAUGGUGGUUGAGUACCUCUAUCCUGAUGCGAGGGUUGGGAUAAGGAAUCUUAUGGAUAAAGCGCUGUUACAAGUUAAGGGAAGGUACCGUGGAGGUAAUUUCUAUAUGCACCCUUUGUUGGACGAGAUGGGGAGGGAAAUUGUUCGCUUGGAAUGUCCAAAUGAGCCUGGACAACGCAGUAGGUUGACUGGAUAUCGAGAUGUCUGCCAUGUGCUCACAAAGCAAACGGGAAGUGAGAAAGUCAAGAUUAUAUCGUUAAAGGGAAAUUUUCAAUGCUUACACAAAAUAACGAGUUCUCCUGAAGCCUUUUCGAGAAUGGUCAAUCUAAAACUGCUGGAAUUGAGAAAUGUGAAGAUGAAAGAAGGACCAAAUGAGCUCCCUGAUGAGCUCCGAUAUCUGUCAUGGAGUCAUUACCCUUCUGAAUCUCUGCCAUUCACUUUCAACCCUCACCGAUUGUUUCUACUACAGUUGGAUUACAGCGACAAUCUUAAGCAACUCUGGCAUGGGAAUAAGACAAUGAAGUAUCUUACUCGCAUGGACCUUCGCUUCUGCAACAGUUUGAUUGUUAGCCCAGAUUUUACCGGAACACCUAAUCUCGAGUAUUUGUCACUUGAGGGUUGUGGUUCUUUGCUUGAGGUUCACUCAUCAUUUGGGAAUCUCAAAAGAAUUGUUUCUGCUGCUUUCAAUGGGUGCAAGAGUUUGGAGGUAUUUCCUACGAGUCUUGAAGCAGAAUCUUUGGAGUUCCUUUCUCUGCAAGGUUGCUCGAAGUUGAAGAGGUUCCCUACUAUUGAUGGAAACAUGGACUGCUUGGCUGAACUCGAUCUACAAGGGGUUGGAAUCCAACAACUGGAUGCAACAAUUGGACGAUUGGUUGGCUUGACAAGAUUAAACCUUCAGAACUGUGAAUGCCUCACAAGUCUCCCAGACAGUCUUGGUUGUUUGACUUUACUUUACAAGCUUGAUUUAAAUGGUUGUCGUGAACUGGAAGAUUUACCACCUUCCCUACAGCUGUGUAUUUCUCUGGAGUAUCUGAGGGUGGAAAAUUGCGUGAACCUUAAGUCUUUGCCGGAGCUUCCCCCAUAUAUCAAGAGCGUGGAAGCCAAAGGUUGCAAGUCCCUGGAAGAAAUUCCGGAUACAAUCAACCUGCGCAGCAAUAGGGUGCAUAUUGAUUGCCGCCAGUGCUUCAAAUUGGAUCAACCAGAGAGCUUAGGUUGGAGAAUGCUUCAAAGAUGCCUCCAGGCCACUCCUACUCCAGAACGAGAAUUUGGCAUUGUCACUCCGGCUGGAACGAACAAGAAGAUGGAUAUCCCAGAUUGGUUGUUGUUGUCGAGCCAUCGGACCCAUUGGAGUUCACUAGCGACGCUGCCACCUGAUGAUGACUUGAAAGCUGUUAGUAACCCGGACUGGAUAGGGACCGUGGUGGUACUUUGCUUCCGUGUAGUUAUAUUUGGUGGCCUUUCCGUCCAAUCUUCCUGCCGCAAGUGUUGCUCUUUCCAACCGCACCUGGUCGGUGCAAGCCUGAGAAGACAACAGGCUGUUGCUGAAGAGCAACGCCAGCUUUGGUUGUCCUACAUUCCCAAGGGUUCCCUGGGAAACUACUUUGCGAACCCGGUGUCCGUUUGCCCGCACAUAGAAUGGGAUUGGAAUACAGUUAAGAGGAAGAUUUUCAACCUCCUGCUGCUGGCGGGGCCAUUUGCUACUUGCCAGCAGCUUUCCUGCAGCUUGACUUUACUUCCUCUUAAGCAGCUCUCCUCUCUUCUCCUCCUCGUCUUUUCAUACUGCUUCCCCGCCUCUCAAAAUCUAAACCCCAACCUUGUCUAUCUCUUUCUCUCCACAGCUAGUUUCACCGUUUCCAUGGAUCGUAUUGGUCGGCUAUGGUUUUCGAUCAGGAACUGGAUAACGAGUCUCCUCCUCCGUUACUUCCCUCUAAACCCUGCCCGAUCGCUGACCGUUCCUCCAGCCAAUCCGCCGGAGGCAGCGGCAGAGCACGAGCCUCCUCCGAUCGUUUUCUCCCCGUUUCCAGCGUUGUCGUCGUCUUCUUCCGCGCCGGCGGACCUCAAUAAGUACGAGGUGUUUGUGACCUUCAGAGGGGAAGACACUCGCAGGGGAUUCACCGGCCAUCUCUGCGACGCUCUCUCUUCCAGAAUAGGGAUUUCGUUCGUGUACAAGGACGAACUCUGCCUCAAGAAAGGCCAGCCCAUCGCCCCGGAGCUUCUGAAAGGGAUCGAGGAUUCCAGGAUAGCGGUCGUCGUCCUGUCGAGGAACUACGCCGAUUCCACCUGGUGUCUCGACGAGCUGGUUCACAUCCUCCACUGCCGGAAACGGAGGGGUCUCCUUGUCCUUCCGAUUUUCUACCAGGUGGAUCCGUCGGACGUCAGGAAGCAGAAGACAGGAAGUAGCUUCGGCGACGCUUUUGCUAAACACGACCGAGUUUUCACCGGCGUCGGCGGCAGCGGAAAGGUCCGGAAGUGGAGUGAUGCUUUGACGGAAGUAGCUAACCUCUCCGCAUUCACCACAGCUGAAUACAGCAAAGACUCGGAUAUGAUCAAGGCCAUUGUGGGGAAGAUAUGGAAGGAAUUGAGCCCCACAUUUCCAAGCAUCAGCAUGCCUCUCGUUGGAAUUGACAGGCGCGUGAAAGCAGUGAUCGAUUUACUAAGCAAAGACUCCACAGCUGAAAGAAACGAAGUUCGUAUGAUUGGGAUCUGUGGGAUGGGCGGCAGUGGCAAAACCACAGUCGCUAUGGCAGCUUACGACACUAUUCGCUCUGAAUUUGAGUUUAGCACUUACGUUUCACGCGUUCGAGAAGCUUGCAACACCCAUGGAGGGCUAAUUCAAUUGCAGAAGCAGCUGUUUAACGAAAUUGAGGGUAACGUCACGAUGGCAAGUGUCCAGACAUGGGGGGAAUUUGGAGGAAUCGAAAGGCUUAAGAGGAUGUAUAGAGGGAAGAAGCUGCUCUUGAUUGUGGACGACGUCACCCACCACAAGCAGCUGCAGUACUUGGCAGUGGAGCAUUCUCUAUUUGGGUCAGGGAGUCGGGUCAUUAUAACGUCCAGAGAUCGACACUUGCUCCAUGCUCAAAGGGUGGAUUCUGUAUACGAGACCGAAUUGUUGGACGAAAAUGAAGAUCUUGUGCUACUGUGCCUGACAGCUUUUGGCCAAGAGGAACCUUUGGAAGGCUACAGGUAUGAGUGUGAGAGAAUUUUGGGUUAUGCUGGAGGCCUUCCCAAGGCGAUAGAAGUGUUGGGUUGCUCGCUGAAGGAGAGAAGUGUUUCUGAAUGGAGGUGCACAAUUGAGAAGCUGAAGAGAAUUCCUCCCGGUGAAAUUCUAGAGGUACUGAAAGUCGGUUAUGAUGCACUGGACGAGGAAGAGAAGGAGAUGUUCCUAGAUUUCGUGUUUUUCUUCAAUGGAGUCAAUCGCCUUGCAGAUCCCAUAAACUUUUUGUUCAAUGUGCCCCUUAUGAUGGUUCAGGACCUCUAUCUUGAUGAGGGUAUUGGGAUUUGGAAUCUUGUUGAUAAGGGACUAUUACAAGUUGAAGAACGGUACUAUGGUGAUCAUAUCUAUAUGCACCAUUUAUUGGAGGAGAUGGGUAGGGCAAUUGUCCGCUCGGAAUGUCCAGAUGAGCCUGGACAACGCAGUAGGUUGACUGGUUAUCAAGAUGUUUGCCAUGUGCUUACUAAAGGAACGGGAAGUAAAAAAUUGAAAAUUAUUUCGUCGAGACCAGAUUCUGGAUACCCAGUCCCAGAGAUAGUAAUGCAUUCCAGUGAAGCCUUUUCGAGAAUGAGCAAUUUAAAAGUGCUGGAGUUAAUAUAUGUGAAGAUCACGCAAGGACCAACUUAUCUUCCUGAUGAGUUGCGAAUUCUGUCUUGGACUGAUUACCCUUCUGAAUCCCUGCCGCCGAGUUUCAACCCUCACCGCCUGUUUCUACUACAGUUGCAUCACAGCAACAAUCUGAAGAGACUCUGGCUCGGGAAUAAGACAAUGCCAUGCCUUACUUGCAUGACACUUUACGGCUGCGUCAAUCUGAUUGAUACCCCAGAUUUUACCACAACACCUAAUCUCGAGAUACUGUCACUCGACGGCUGUGUGUCCCUGCUUGAGGUUCAUUCAUCAUUUGGACGUCUCAAAAACCUUGUAUUCGCAAGUUUCGGAUGGUGCGAGCGUUUGGAGGUAUUGCCGAGUCUUGAAACGACGUCUUUGGAGUUUCUUAGCCUGCAAGGCUGCUCAACGUUGAAGAGGUUCCCGAAGAUUGAGGGCAAUAUGGACCGCUUGGCUGAACUCCGUCUAGAAGGUGCUGGGAUAGAAAAACUAGAUGCAACAAUUGGACGAUUGGUUGGCUUGACAAAAUUAAACCUUGGGCACUGUGAAUGUCUCACAAGUCUGCCAGACAGCCUAGGUUGUUUGACUUUACUUGCAGAGCUUGAUCUAAAUGGUUGUUCUGAACUAGAAGAUUUACCUUCGUCCCUACGGCUUUGUCUUUCCCUGGAGUAUCUGCGGGUGGAAGACUGUGCAAAGCUUCGGUCUUUGGGGGAGCUUCCACCAUAUAUCCUGCGCUUGAAAGCCAAAGGUUGCAAGUCCUUGGAAGGAAUUCCAGAUACAAUCAACCUGCGCAGCAAUAGAGUGGAUAUUGAUUGCCGACAGUGCUUCAAAUUGGAUCAACCAGAGAGCUUAGGUUGGAGAAAGCUUCAAAGAUACCUCCAGGGCGCACCUAAUCCAGAACAAGAAUUUGGCAUUGUGACUCCGGCUGGAACCAACAAGACAAUGGAUAUCCCAGAGUGGUUGUUGUCAUCUGGCCAUCGGUUCCGUUGGGGUGUACUAGAGCCGCCUCCUGAUGACAUCAUGAACGAUGUUAAUAAUCCGGAAUGGAUAGGGACUGUUCAGGUUGAAUGCUUCCGUGUAGUUGACUUUGAUGAUAGCUACAUCGAACCUCCCUGUCAAGAACGUUGCAUUUUCUGUACGCACCUAAAUCGUCGACAUGUGGAACGGCAGGGUCGUGCUGAAGAAGAAAGGCACAUUUGGUUGUCCUACGUUCCUAAGCGUUCUAUGGGAUACUACAUGGAAAACCCUGCUCCGGUAACUGAAAGCUAUCCGGUGUUUGUGUGCCCACACGUAGCUAGGGAUUGGUGCGAGUAUAUCAAUGUGUACCGUCACCAGAUUGAAGAGUGGAAGAAACAGGACAGCAUGAGAUAGAUCCUUCUACGAUGAUGCUUGCCUGCUCGGAGUAGUCUUCGUAACAAUGAUGAUGAUGAUGACGACUUCCGGAGCUAGAUUUGUUUUCGAGUUGGGGAGAUAAGGUACGAAAAGUAAACAUGUUGUGUUUUUCUGCAAUCAUUUCAUCGUCUCCGUGCUUGCUUUUAUAGAUGGCCGAUUAACAUUUAGUCUAAUGGAAUGGAUUUUCCUUUCAGGUAACUAAACUUACACAAGCUGCAGCCAGUAGUAUUGGGAACAAGGGCGGAAAGGUCUUGAACAAGUCAAAAUACAGAAGAUGGCACUUUCAUUCGCUUACAACCAAACCACCUUGGUACAGAACAAUGCUGGAAAUAAGCGUUGGCACAAAAAAGAGUUAUGAAAAUUGAAAGCCAAACACUGUCAGGAACCGUUCGGGUUCUCGAAUUGGAUCAACCAGAGAGCUUAGGUUGGAGAAGGCUUCAAAGAUACCUCCAGGUACUACUAUCGCUAUACUGUGCAUUACGUUUAUCUCUCUUUAUUAUUCCGUGGUAGAAGUAACGUGGUCAUCAAACUCGUAGAUUUGUUAAAUCGGAUAUUUAUCUUUAGUUGCUAAAUUAAUUCCAACGAUUAGUUGUUGUUCAGUCAUUUUCCUACACUGUAUAACACAACCGAACAGCUCCUUAUGCUAACGUAACAGCCACAUAAGUUCUAGAGUGCUAGUAUCUAUGCCACAUAGAUCAGCUAGUAGAUGUGCAAAGCAGGACAUUAGCUAUCUCUACUUACUCCCUGUAAGGUUACUCAUUUUCGGACUUUUUCCUAAUAGUUGGAGUUAGCAUCGAUCAGGGCAUAUGAGUCGAACUUUGUUUGAGCACAGCAUAUAAUAAUGAAACAAUGUAGAAUCCGUUUUUUGAGCAUUUCUCAGAAGCUCGAGUUUGUCAAGACGAACUGGUUCAUGCCUCUCACCUACUUGGAUUAUGUUUUAGCAGUUGGCCUCCUUUGUAUAUAUGGAGCCGAUUAGUGAACUCCUCAACCUUGUAGAUAUGAAUGGCUAACGUGGAUUCAUCUAAUUGAGAUUAGUGCUUCGAUUGUUGUCUCAAGAUUGGGUUUACUACAGCAAAAUUUCAACACAUUUGGUUUUGAUUGAAUGACUAAAUUGAUAUUUAACUC